AUGGACCCCUCAAAGACGCAAACCCCUUUAUACCAAGACCCCCAGCCAUCUUCAACAAUUGACCCCUCAAAGACGCAAACCCCCUUAUACCAAGACCCCCACACCCAACCCCCAUCCUACGACUCCUCCUUCCCGAUCCCCGUCUCCAGCGCCUCCUCAGCCCCCUACUCUCCCGCCGCCGUCGACUCCUCCCUCCCGAUCCCCGUCUCCACCGCCACAUCAGCUCCCUACUCUCCCGCCGCCAUCGACCCCUCGGCCAACAUCUACGAUAUUGGCCACGAGCCCCCAAUACCCGUCCGAACCCCGUCGCAAUACGCCCCCGAAUGCGUCCCCGAAUUCGUCCCCGAAUUCGUCCCAGAGCAGCGCCCCCGCAUCAACUCCCACGGGAGCAGCAAGUAUCUCCAUGCAGUCCCGCUACAUAGCCUUACCCGUAGGUCGGCGCCGGUAGAUUGUCCGGUUUGUAAUAGACGCGGGGCGACGAAAUGUACUUCGAAGAGUGGGAACUUUACGCAUGUGUGGGCGGCGGUGACGUGCUCGUUCUCCUGCUUGGGGUGCAUCCCUUAUAUGAUCUCGGGUCUGAAGGACGUGAAGCAUAGCUGUGCGUCGUGCGGGACGACGCUGGCGGUGUGGCAUCGCAGUGGUGGGGGGACGGAUGUGCUUGCGCAUGCGUUGAAGUAG